AUGGCAUCAGACUCCGACCGAGAACCGCUGAUCAACAGUAACCCUCAACUGCAGACCUACUAUCACAACCUCGAAUCCAGAAUUGGCUACCGACUUCUUCUGGGCGGCACGCGCCAUUUUGGCUACUAUGAGAAUGACACCUGGUGGCCAUUUCCUCUGAGCAAGGGUCUCCGCGCGAUGGAAGACAAGCUCGCAGCAGCCUUGGAUCUUUCUCCUGGCUCCCACGUUCUUGACGCAGGGUGUGGCGUCGGCCACGUUGCGAUUCGUCUAGCGACAAAACAUGGAUUCAAGGUUCAAGGAAUCGACGUUGUCGAACAUCAUCUUGUCAAAGCGAGACGAAACGUUGCUCGAGCGGGCCUUACCGAAAACCAGGUUGCGGUGCAAAGAAUGGACUACCACCACCUGGAAAGUCUUGGUGUCGAAACAUUCGACGGGAUCUACACCAUGGAAACAUUCGUGCAUGCGACGGACCCGGAGGCAGUUUUAGCAAAUUUCUUCCGCGCUCUACGCCCUGGAGGUCAUCUCUCCUUGUUCGAGUAUGACCACCAGCUCGUCGAGGAAUCCCCAGAAGCGAUGGCGAAGUCUAUGAAGAAGAUUAACGAAUUCGCCGCCAUGCCGACGAACAGUUUGUCGCACCCGGGGGUUUUUCAGCGGAUGCUGGAAGAUGCCGGGUUCACCAACGUGGUGGUUCGUGAUUAUUCCGACAAUAUCAAGCCGAUGACACGAGUCUUCUAUCUGCUCGCCUACAUCCCCUACAUCCUGGUCACAUUUUUUGGAUUGGAGGCGUACUUCAUCAAUACCAUCGCGGGAGUUCAGUCCUAUCGCGGCCGCAAGCAUUGGCGAUACCUGGGCAUCUCAGCAACGAAGCCAGGAACCCCUACCGAGAUAGCGAAAGAUCGUUAA